UAGAAUUGAGUUUAAGGAACUUGUUGAGAUUUUAUGACAAUUGUUUUUAUUGUAACAUAAUGGCAAAAAAUUAUCUAAUGAGACUGGUGGCAUUUUUGAUGCUUCUGAUGAUGGUGUCAUCAAUGGAGCUACAGUGGAAACAGGUACAUAAAUUAUUACCACCUGAAGAACGUAUACGAAUUUUUGGAACUCAUGAUAAAAACAAAAUUCCUAAGUAUGAUGUCAUCCAUAUCAACUGGUCCAAGCAUCAAAAGAGAUCAAUCAAUGGAAUUAUUCCCCUUUCAUUUUCAGUAUUCAACAAGGAUAUUGAUUUGAGCUUGGAAUUGUUAAGCCCACUUGUUGGACCAAACACUCCUGUUUAUUAUUUCAGAACAUCAUCAGAAGGAAUUAAUUAUACAAUUGAUUAUCCCUUUGCUGAUUAUUCUACUGAAAUAUAUAGAGAUGAAAAUCACUUAGCUUCUUUAAGUGUAAAUGAAGAACCUAACGGUGAAAAACACAUUGAAACUGGUGUAAUUAGAGCUCUAAAUCUAACUAUCCAUCGAAUUCCAAGUCGUUUUUUAACUGAAAGAAGAAGUUAUUUUACUACAACUGGUAAUGGUUAUUACAUUGCUCAACAUAUGAAUGAUCUUGAAGGAACUUUUUCAGAUCCAAUGUUCAACAAUUUGAUACCAGACUCAUUUAAUCCAUUCGUGCCCAGACCUAAUGUUGUUUAUCCAGAAAUUUUACCACUCGUUGAUUAUUCACUGAAACGUAAUUUCAUGACCAAUGAUCAUUUGUUAACUUAUGUUCUAAAUUUUUGGAGUCAAGUAGACAUGUUGUUUCAAAAUCUAAGGGAUCCUGAAUACAAGCUCAGUAUUGCUGGAGUUGUUGUGGCUGAGGAUAUGACAGCAUUUGACUUUAUAAAUGACAAUUCUAUCAAUAUUGAUGCAGACAAUGAAAAAUUACAUUUCGAAGGUGCUUUAAGUGAAGUAGAAGAGUGGUUGUAUGAUUAUCAAGACAUUAUUCCAAUGGAUAGUUAUGAUGUUGCAAUGAUUCAAACAUUAAAAAAAUCUACUAAAACCUCGGUUAAAAUUACCAAUAAGUCCAACAUUAUAACAUCUGAAGUUGGUUUAGCAGAGUUUAGAGGUGCAUGUUAUAUCAAUCAUGUAGAUCAUGUAGUAAAAAAAGCAGGAAUCAUAAAUGAUGAUGGAAAAUAUAGAGGUGUUCUUGUUGCAGCUCAUGAAUUGGGACAUACACUUGGAGCUGAUCAUGAUAGACCAGAAUGUGGAGGUGAUGAUGCAGGUUUUCUAAUGUCAGGAGUGACACGAUCACCCACAUCAAACCAGUACAAAUGGUCUCAAUGUUCUGUAAAAGAUUUUGCAUUAUUUCUAAUGACAAGUCCUCAAUGCUUGUACAACGUACCAGAGCAGUACAAAGACUUGGAACCAAAUUCUUCUUCAGAUGACGAAAAAGUACCAGAUGAUGCUCAAUCUGUUGAUUAUCAAAUAUUUGAUAUUCGUUCUGUAUUGCCUGAAAACAAUAAUUGGAAAGUUAUUGGAAAUCCUUUUAUAAUUUUAGAUAAACAUCACAAUUGA